AAAAGGCGAAUGCAAAAGAAUUCAUCGUCCGCAAAGGCCACCUUAACUGACGGAUCAACUUGAAAAUUCAAACAGAGUGGAAGGUUCAGUUUAGAAUGUUGUUUUAGUUCCAUUGAAUAGCUCUUUAGUUACUGUGACUUUGUCUACAAAACCAAAGAAAACAAAAAUUAUCAAUCUCUUUAUCUGUCUAUUUCGAUCAAAAUAAACCCAGACAAUUGACAUGUGAAUGUAAACUUUGUGUUUGAAUAGUGAAACGCACGAACUCAAAUAUUUGUUUUAUUUUUUCUUCGAAAAGAUAUACACACCCAAAAAAAUACAAGUCUGCCGUAAAUGUGUGAUUUGUAAAUCAAACUGUAAACACCAAAGCCUACCAGUAGAUAAGUUAGAGAAUAAAAAAACGAAACAUUUUAAUGCGCAAAGAAAAGGGUUAAAUUGUGUCGAGUGUGAAAAUACAGUGUGUAUUAAGUGAUAAGAAAAAUACAUUUUGCGUGCAUUUUCAAGCAUAUCGUAAAUAAAAUAGACCAUUUCCUUAACAAAACAAUUGCAUUCGAAUUGGUUUGAACAAAAUAAAGUAGAAAACAUCUACUUUGACGAUUAAGAAAAUAAUUCAAAGGAAGAGUGUUUCGCAUUCUACGUGAUAUGAUUAAAAUUCCGGGGGAAUCGAAAAUAAUAAUUUUUGUUGUUGUGCGUGUGUGACUGAACUGGUGACAAUUUUUUUGCAUUAAAUUAUAAUCGUUGAGGCAGAACUUUUGUUGUGUUUCUACGCGAAAAAAAAGGGAUCGAUUUUUGCCUGACUAGAAUAUUAUGCUUUUUGACUGUCUUGAAUUUAUGCGCACUGGAUGUCAAUGAAUGAGCAUUCAUUCAAACGAAUAACACAGCAGAAGGUUUGAAUCACGUCAUCGAUAUAUGUAUGAUUUCAUAUUGUUCUUUCUUUUUGUCGUAUUUCUGUGUGAGGGUGUGUGAACAUAUCCGGUGCCAUUAACCCCAAGUGACACAAUAAGCAAGAACAAUAAAUAACCAGAAAGACAAUAGACAACCAAAAUGAACAUUUUUGUGAUUGUGAAAUGAAUAGGAAAGAGCUGAAACAGUAACGUAUCUAAUGAAAAUCGGUAACGCACGUGAACUGUAUGCACUGGUUGCUGUGUCUGUUGUUGAAAAUCUUCAGAUCCAUUGUGUCAUUUCCUAUUGCCAACGGCAGCGGUAAUAAUAGCAAACAGAAACAAUAUACAGCUCUUGCUCUCACUGUUUGCUCUGGUCAAAUAUCAUAUAUAUUUUUUUGGUGUUAUGGAUAAUUCCAUGAUUUUAAUGGAUUAAAUACAAAGCUUAUGGUUUAUGGAUUAAUUAGAAGCAGAGUUCAGGCCACAAUUUAAGUACUUCUGGUAGAUAUAUUCGUGGGGAAAUUUUACGAUAUUAAACCAUAAGUGUGCAAACAAUUCAGUGGCUGACCCUUUUGUGUACGUGAAUGCCAACCACUAAUUUCAGCUUUGUUCGAUUCAUUGCUUGCAUCAUUUACUCGAACAUCUACAACUGGCAUCCAUUGACUAUAUUUAGCCAUUCGAUUAAAACAUCAUUGUUGAGCGAAGUAAAAAAUAGACUAUUUGCUGGGCCAACAUUGAUACCAAUUACUUUUUGAUCUAUUACAACGAAAUUGAAUCUAUAGCAGAAAAUAGAUUUUAUACUGCCAGCGAAUAACGUAAAAGUUGAACAUCAUUCAUGGCAUCGGAGCAUCAAAGCAAAUACUGAACACGUCAACACAACCGAAUUAUAAUGAAUCGGCCAACAACUUCAUAAAUGUCAUAAUUUAAGCCACAGAAUCGUUUUGGAAACGCCGCAGCAUUUAAUGUGGCUGUGAUUUGUGGCAAACAUUUCCAAGUUGGUUUGCAACAAAACGACAAACGGUAUACCAAUAAAUUUGAACAAACAGUUUCUGUUUGUGACAAAAUAUCAUUCGUUGUCUGUUUAAUAUGAUUAGUUGCAAAGACUCAAGUUACCUAUAAAGCGGAUGCGAAGAACAGAGAUAGAAUUAUAGCCGCAGAUUUAUUUGCUACAUUUGAAUUGCUGUGUAAAGAGCUGUCGAAAGAGAUAUAGAGUGAAAAUAGCAAUUUCACAUAAAUGUUACAGAAGUGAAGGCAUCAACGUAAACCGAAUGCGGUUAAAUUCCUCUGACGAUUCGAAUAUACAUCAAAAUACCACAGGUCAAGUGAUACACGACACAGAUAAAUAAAGGGAGGAACAUUGCGAGAGCAAUAGAAACAUAUAAACAUUGUUCGUCGAAGUCGAAGCAAAACCGACCACUCCGAAAUUAAACAACAAUUGCUCAUUUUGGUGAGUGGGUGUCUUAAUUAGACAGCUCACAAAAGUCACUGUGCACAUUUUGCAACAUUGGUGGAUAAUAAAGAAUUCAUAAAACGCAAUUCACAUCGGUAUUUUGCCAUCAAACAAAAUAUUUGUAAGUUUGAACGUGCAGAAUUUUUGGGAAAAAAACUAUAGAAACAACGUUCUGCUUCAUUUUGUGAACCUGUCAAAUGUGACUUUUAGCAUUUUGCGAUAAAUUCGAACGGAAUGGAACGAGAAUCAGUAUAUUCAAAGUAUUUUAUAUGUUUUUGGUGGAAAAUAUGAAAUACUCUAUUAUAACGCAACCAAACUAUAGCCAUUUCAAAUCACACAAACUACUUUAUAUGCAAACUGCGUCUGAAAUAAAUAACAAAUAGACACACACAAGUUUGUAGACAGACAUAAGCUACCCGCUCUCGACUGGACGCAGUUGCAAUAUUUUUUAAUAGACAAUUUUCAAACGAAAAUUAUUUAAAAAAAAACCGUACAUAUUCAACAAACAACGACAUCAUGUGUUUCCCAGCGAUUGUGUCGUCCAUUCUACUGCUGGCGCUUUUUAUUGGUAUGGCAAGCACGAUUCAACGCCCACGCGAUGGAUACAAUACAUUUACAGAUGGCAGCACAACACAGCCACCGUUUAAUUCAUUUUUAAAUCCAAAAUGGAAUGAACCAUAUUUUGACAACAGUGUACCGAAUAAUGUGACAGCAUUGGUGGGAAAAUCAGCGUAUUUAAGCUGCCGAGUUCGGAAUCUAGGCAAUAAAACUGUUUCAUUCAUUCGACAUAGAGACGUGCACAUCCUUACAGUGGGGACGUAUACCUAUACAACAGAUCAGCGCUUUCAAACAGCAUACCAUCGCGAAAUCAACGAAUGGACCAUGCAAAUUAAAUGGGCUCAAAAGCGUGAUGCUGGAUACUAUGAAUGUCAAAUUUCAACCAUUCCAAUCAAAAGCUAUUCGGUGAAAUUGAAUGUAGUUGAGCCAGCAGCUAGCAUUCUGGGUGGGAAUGAUGAUAUGUAUGUUGACAAAGGCAGCACAAUAAACCUAACGUGUACGAUUCGUUUUGGUCCCGAGCCGGGUCAUAUAUUUUGGUAUCAUGAAAAUAAGGAAAUCAAUUACGAUUCGCCACGAGGUCGUGUUGCGAUGAAAACACAUUCUAGCGAAUGGACAACAUCAUAUUUAUUAAUCCAUGGAGCAGAUAUCACAGAUUCUGGAGUCUACGUUUGUGCGCCGACUAGUGGUGGACGGGCCAGCAUCAAAGUGCACGUUUUCCUUCAUGGCGAACGACCAGAGGCAAUGCAAACGGGCACAUCGACUUACAUAGCAAAUAACAUAAAGCAAACUAUUUUGAUUAGCAUCAUCAUUAGCACAUACAAUAUAUUCCAAAAUUUCUACACCAGCAUACUAUUCUCGAGGCGAAUACCAAACGAAAUAACAUGACAUACGAUGACCGUUGUACCGAAAAUUCUCGCACAUACAUCAUCGGCAUUGCGGCUACCAUAUGAGAUGUAUGCCUAUCAACGGUGAUAGAAUUGGCAUUUGGAAUUUUCUCGUACUUGAUUGAAAUUAUGCGAUUUUACCUUUUUUCAGCUCCGUUGAAAUUCUAAUUUCCUUUUCAAUUUCGUUGAAAUGUUAAAACAGAAACGAGGAAAUAUUUGACGGCACAAAAUUGCGGAUAAUAAACGCAUCGAGAAUAGUUGACAGUUUAAGCGCGAAAUAUUUGUCACUUGUGGUCUCCUUAUUUAUGAAUCUUUUACUGUUGUCACUGUACAACACAAUUCCGCAACAACAUUUCUAUUACGAGUUGCAAGCUUGACACAUUUGUAAAUAGUUAAUUUAACUUGAAUACGUGUUAAUAACAGAAACCAACCACAACCAAACACAUUUAGUCUAUUUGUAGUUAUAUAAUAUAUUAAUGAAAUUAAAAAUUUAUCUCUAUAUAUGAUGUUCAACACUCAUAUGACGUGUUUAUCAAAUCAAAGUAUUAGCAGAGACACAAAAAAUGCAGUUUCACCCCCUUAAAAACAAACAAUGUUAAGCAUAUUUAUUACAAUUGAAUGUUUGAAUGUAGCCAUACAACGUAUACAACACAAUAGAUGUAACAUAAAAUGAAAUUCCAUAAAAAAGCAUCACAGUAAUAAAAAUGAUCUUUGUCCAUGUACGAUAUAAUAUACGUAUAUAUCUAUACAAAUUAUAUAUAUAAA